UAAUCACUGACAAAAAUCAUCAACUGGCACAAAGAAUAGCAAAAUAACACAAGUCAAGUUAAAUUAAAUGAAAAUGGUUUAAAUUAUAGAUAAAAAACAUGAAAUUUCGCAGGAAUCGAAUAUGCAUUGCUUUAUUAUUUUUAAUAUGGAUUGGAGGAAUGUUAUAUUUUUUUGUAAGUAACAAAGAUGAAAAUGAUAAAGGAGAAAUAUCUGUUGAAGAGAGAAAUAAACAUAUUGACAAUGGUAAACUAAGUAGAGAAAAAGAUAGAAUAGAAAGAGAUAUUAAUGUAGCUAAUAUAGUUAAAGAUCCAAAAUUUAGAAACAAUGAACAAAUUGAUCAACGAAGUUUAGCGAAAUUCGAUUGGAAAGGUUAUCAACUUAGAGGUGCAUUAAAACCUGGUGAGGAUAAAAAUCAACGUAAUGCAUAUAAUCAAGAAGCCAGUGAGUUAUUACCAUGGGAUAGAGUUGUUCCUGAUGUCCGUGAUCCUGGAUGUAGAAAAAAGAGUUAUGAUAAAAACUUACCAACUACAACAAUCAUAAUUUGCUUUCACAAUGAAGGUCGGGCAGCUCUUUUAAGAACAGUUGUCAGUGCAUUAAAUAAAUCUCCAGAGCAUCUUUUAAAAGAAAUCAUUCUUGUUGAUGACUUUAGUGACAACCCUCUUGAUGGGGAGGAGUUACUAGCUUUACCUCGUGUUAAAUUGAUUAGAAACAAUCAGCGUGAAGGACUUAUUCGUUCUCGUGUUAAAGGUGCAGACAUGGCUGUUGGUGAAGUGUUGACUUUUCUUGAUAGUCACUGUGAGUGCAACGAAAUGUGGCUGGAACCAUUAUUGCAAGCAAUUAAAGAUAAUCGUAAGAUUGUUGCUUCGCCUAUUAUAGAUGUUAUUGGUCAUGAGGACUUUAAGUAUUUGAGUUCAUCUUCAGAUCUUAGGGGAGGUUUUGGUUGGAAUUUAAAUUUCAAGUGGGAUUUUUUACCACCAAACCAUCUUAUUAAACAUCAACAAGACGGAACAGCUUUUAUUCUUUCUCCUGUUAUUGCUGGUGGUUUGUUUUCAAUCCAUAAAUCAUGGUUUGAAGAAUUAGGAAAAUAUGAUCCUCAGAUGGAUGUAUGGGGUGGUGAAAAUCUAGAAAUUUCUUUCCGUACUUGGCAAUGUGGUGGAGAAAUGUAUAUAAUACCGUGUUCGCGUGUUGGACAUGUCUUUCGAGAUAGACACCCUUAUAAGUUCCCGGGAGGAAGCAUGAAUGUUUUCCAAAAAAAUACACGACGAGCAGCAGAGGUAUGGAUGGAUGACUACAAGAAAUACUACUUUGCUGCAGUUCCUUCUGCUAGAUACUCACUGUUUGGAGAUAUUCGCGACCGUCUACAGUUACGAAAAGAUUUGAAUUGCAAGUCUUUCAAGUGGUAUCUAGAAAAUAUCUAUCCUGAGCUCAAAAUACCGGAUGAUGACGUGACAUCCUAUGGACAAAUAAAAUAUAAAGGUAGAGAAGACUGCAUUAAUGCAGUGGGUGAAAAAUCCAAUGUUGUUUUAAGAGUCCUUCCGUGUCGUGGAAGUGGUGGAAAAGAUGGAGAUAAACAGGAUUGGUCUUGGACUAAGUCAAAUCAGAUAAAACAUGAAUCGCUUUGUCUUUCUGGAAUCAGUAAGAAAAGUGAAGAAAUUGUUCGAAUGGUUCCUUGUGUUGCUACAGAUAACUUUCAAAAAUGGAAAUACGAUGAAAAAGCAGCAGCUCUUAUCAAUCUUGGCUCUAAUCUUUGCCUCGAUAACUACAAUGUUGGAAAAGAACUUAUGCAAACAGAAUGCAAAGGUCAUGAUACGCAAUCUUGGAAGUUAGCAUUUACAAGCACAGGAUAAAUCUGUUUAAUUGAAAUUACUAACUAAAAUAAGGUCUUUUGAAAUCAAUAAUUAAAAUUAGGCUUUUCGAAAUCAAUAACUCAAAUAAGGCAUCUUUGAAAUGUUUUUUGAGCCUUCAUCUACACAUCCCAAUUAACUUCCCAAUUAAUCCAAGCAAAAACUAGUUAAUUAGAUUAUUUACACUAUUGUCACUUUUAUUUCUUUUCUUUUUUAAAUUAUUUAAAAAUCAUUUGUAUUUUAUAACGAUAAAAGCCACUAAUUAAAUAGGUAGUCAAUCUAAAAAAAAUAAGUAGUCAAUCUAAAAGUUUUUUUUAGUGGAUUCUAUCCAAUCUCUUGUUAUUUUAUAUAACUUAAUUUACUUUUUUUCACUUUUAUCUUGCAUAAACGUCUUAUCCAACAGAAAAGUCCCCCCAAAAAGUUUUUUAGAAGUAUUGGUUAAGCUUUUGUUGGUUUAUAAGUUUUUGAACACUAAAAUGUAACAAAUAUGUAAAGUUACAUUUCUUUACAUAUCUAAAUAUUGAGGCGAGAUUAUCGUGUUAGAUCUCUAAUUUUGACGUUAUGGUUUUUAAAAUAAAAUUUUUAUUAAUUUUAUUUGAAGUAUAUAGAUAGGUGAGAUAACAGUAUUUUUUGCUGAUUUUUCAAAUGGAAUACUAUUGGGAUAUUUUUUAAAGCUGCUGUUAAUUUAUGACGAAUUUAAGUUAUCAUUUUGUAAAUUUUUGAUAUUGUCAUCUUUGAAAACCAAGUUGAAA